CAGCUCGGCCAACACACAGCUCCAGCUCACCUGACCUGACCGGCUCAUAACCUGAAACAUUACUCAGAUUUUCUCCUCUGAAAAGUAUCGAGCACUAACUCUAACCGUGUCGGAGCGCGUCACGAGCCCCGGACAGCCCUCUCAUCCCUCCGCUCCAUGGCCAUUGCCGCCUCCCGCCCUCUCCCGUCGGGAGGUAACCUUCAAAGGCUCUGCGCGGCGCGAUGGAUGACCAGCUGAGUGAUGGAGAUGGACAGAAUCAAAGGACGUGCUCCCUUCAUUGUGACCAGAUGAAGGGACACUUACCUUCUUCCAGCAGUGAGGGGACGCACGCUGCAGCAUUUUGAUCUCCUUCAGAAUUGUUGCACCUAAAUAAAAAUCCUUUGGAGAUACUUUAAAUAAGGAGGAACUCCUGAUCAGAUAUAUUCAGUCUGUGUACUCUCUCAGCAUAGAGCUCAUAUGCUGACUGCUUAUCCCUGUGAUGCUUGUUAUGAGUUGUCCAUCUACAACCAAUGAGCCGGAGAGCUGCAGCAGCGAGGGAAGCAGCUGCACCACUUCCUCCAUCACCACCUCUGACCCAUCCUCUAUGUCUGGACACAGUCACACCACUCAACCUUCCCUCAGUGACGCCCCUGAUAUCUCUAAGCAUGAAGCUCCCCCACCUCCGCCUCUGCCACCCCCACCUCCGGGGGCACCCCCGCCACCUCCCCCCUUGGUGACAACAUCCUCCAACCACAACGCGAGGAAGAAGCGCCGCGUCCGCAGCUUCUUCUGGAAGCCAAUACCGGAGGAGAAGGUACGCGGGAAGCCCAACAUCUGGACGCUGGCGGUGCGGCAGCAGCAGUACCAGAUCGAUGUUCGCUCUGUGGAGGAGCUGUUCGGGCAGCAGGAGGAGGCGCUGACAGGCAUACGUGGGGCCACGCCAGCUGCUGGAACCUCUGCUCGCAUCUCCAGGUCCCGCUCCUUCAAGGAGAGCAGCAAGGAUGAGAUCAGCAUCCUGGACUCCAAGAGGGGGAUGAAUGUGGGCAUUUUCCUGAAGCAGUUCAAGAAGUCGAACCGCUCCAUUGUUGAAGACAUAUGGCGAGGAGAGGGAAAGAUUUAUGGAGCAGAGCUGCUCAAAGACCUGCUGAAGCUCCUGCCUGACGUAGAGGAGAUCAAGAAACUUCAGUCGUUUAAAGGAGACCCAGACAAGCUGACGCUGGUCGAUUCCUUUAUGUACCUCUUAAUCCAGGUGCCUCGGUUCGAGGUUCGGAUCGAGGCCAUUGUCCUCCGCGAAGAGUUCUUCCCUUCCUGUGCUGUGAUGAGCCGAGAGAUCGAUGUCAUCCGCGUCGCCACAAAAGAGCUGAUGAGCUGCGAGGAGCUUCAUGCCAUUCUGCAUCUGGUGCUGCAGGCCGGAAACAUCAUGAACGCUGGCGGCUACGCUGGCAACGCUGUGGGCUUCAAGUUGUCCUCCCUCCUCUCAUUGGCCGACACCAAGGCCAACAAGCCGGGGAUGAAUCUGCUGCAUUUUGUCGCCAUGGAGGCAAAGAAGAAAGACGAGAAGCUGCUCAAGUUUCCAGAGAAGCUUCAGGAUGUCCAGAGUGCAGCCAGAAUCUCAGUGGAAAACAUAGAGGUGGAGUUUUCCUCCUUAUAUGUUCGUAUUAAAUCCCUGGAGGAGAAAGUUCAAGGAGACCAGGAGCUACUGCAGCAGCUGGAGCCCUUUCUGCAGAGUUCGGCACGGACGCUCCAGGACCUGAAGAGACGCAGGCUGGAUCUGCGCAAAGAGGGGAACACUCUCAUCGACUUCUUUUGUGAAGACAAGGACACCUUUAAGCUGGACGAGUGCUUCCGCAUCUUUCAGGACUUCUGCAUCAAGUUCAAGAAAGCCGUCAAGGACAACUCAGACCGUGAGUUGAAGGAAGCUGCCAGACAGCGUCGCCUGAGGGAGCUGGAGGAAAAGCGCUUUGCGUGGUCGGGUGCAGAUCAAAGCGGUGGAUUUGGUCGCAGCAGCAGCGAGAACGACGUGGAGAUGCUCACCAAGGAAGGCCUGCUGGACUUCUUCCAGCAGAGGUCUCAGAGUCCCCACAGCCCGCUGGGACGCUCCGCCAGCGCCCGCCGCCACCGUCACACCAUGACCUCCAUAGCAGAUCGAGAACUCAAAGGAUACCUGGAGCUAUUCGGAGGCACUGGAAAUCCCACUGACUAUUCCAAGUUCAACAGCCUACCUCGGUCGGGCCGUGCCAUGCAGCGGAGGACGACCCCCUGGAUCUUAGCCCAGGAUGACAACCGCGAGCUGGGCUGUGACAGACAGGUGACGUCUCCACGUGCAGAAACUGAGCCUAUCAGCCCGCUGGCCAGGUUCUCCUCCUCUGGGCUGAAUGAUAACGACCCAUACAACAACAAUAAUUACUCAUCGGUGUCAGAGGGCAGCGCUCUGCCUCGCCCCUAUUUUGUCUUUCAGAAGUCCGCCCAUCUUCACAACCCAACAAUUACCGGCCACAUGAAUGUUAGUCUGGAGACGCACACUUUAGUUCGAGGACCUCAAGCUUUUGACCUACCUAGUCCAAACAAUAACAGCAGUCAUCUGCACUUUGUCAACCAGGGGGAUGUUGUGGUGACUGAUUUGGAAAAGGAGAGACAGUCACUUCCCUUAAAUCUGGACAUCCUCCGACAUGAUAAAGUUUUAGAAAGAGGAGCAGAUCCCAAGGCAGCCUGGGGAGGGAAAAUAGAUCCUCCCAUACAAGCCGGGGUCUCUCCUGAGAGAGAGAAAGAAGAAGAGGACAACAGCACAGUUUCGUCAACAACCUGUGAUACACCCCUCCCACUAGAUACAUCUGUGUCCAAUAAGAAACCAAUGUUUUAUAUUCUAGACUGCACAGAGGCGGACUGCUCUGUCACUUCGGAUUACUCUGAGGUUGAAAGCUCAUCUCUUACGAAAGAGGGACAUUUCAGAACGACGACUGACUGCGGGAGAUCUGAUCAGGAGAGCCAGCAAGAUCCAAGCUCUCUGUCCUCUAAUUUGGAGUCUCCUAAUGACCAGUCCAUUUCAACCAAUGAGCUUUCAGCGCCAAAAUCUGUGGACGCAUCAUCCAUGACCCCGUCUGCUACCACAGAAGAGUGGGACACAGAGAGCUGUGACACGGCAGAGGGGAAACAAGGCGCGGAAAAAGAUGCACAGAGAAGCAGCAGAAAACCAGCGCAUACAAAGAGUAAACCUAACAAAGCGACUAAGGGCAGUGGAGGUCGCAAUGUGCGAACAUUAACCAGCAGCGAGACUCAGGGCAUGCGGAAAGUUGUGCCCAUUAGCAAGCUUACAAGGACAGGUAGCAACAAGAGAGCAGAUAAACCUUUGGGGCAAGACAACGGAGAGCCUCGGCGGCCUCUUCGGGACCAGAGCACCCCAGCGAGAGGAAGGAGCGAGAAAACCACAAGACCUCCUCGACACUCCAGCCUGCCUCCAGACGAGUCAAAAGCUCACAGGGGAAGCAGCCUCACAGGCGGCAUUUCCAGAUGGGCACGCGAUUCGACCCCAAGAAAAGGUUCCAUCCACAAGCCGAGCGCCAAACCCCUGAGGAACAUCCCUAAACCCGCACCUGAGGAGAAGAUGUGCCGCUCCACCAUGAGAGCCCUAGCACAGGCCCAAGCUCAGGCUCAGGGCGCGGCUUCCUCUGAGAACAGCAGCUGUCACACGCUCAACGUAAAAAACACCUCCGAUGUCCCCAGCUUUGCCCGCAACACAGUAGCUUCAACUUCUAGAACCAAGAAGGAGCUGGCCCCUCCGUCUGUCCCCUCCACCCCGUCUCGCAGCCCCUCGCUUCUAGCUCGGCAAACACCGGGGAAGCAGAACAGGUUGUCAUCUACAGUUAGUACCAGCGAGGAGCGGCCACAAGGGACAAACCUGCGACGGGUGCAGAGUGUGAAGGCAGCCAGUCGCAGCGCCUACCGCAGCGAGACUCCCCCACCACCUUCAACACGUGAAGAAAUCCGUAAGACUGGUAGCUUUUCUGAAAAGUCCGUCCAGUCUAGAGACUCGGUGACGCCCAGCAGAGGUGGUAAACCAAGCUGGAAAUAAACAGACUGCAGAAAGAACAGAAGAAAGAGACUUUGAUGUAAAUUGAUAUUCGCUCUUCUUCCCCAUCUACAGUGCCGACUCGUAUCAUGCAAAAGACAGGAUUCUGAAAAAUGAUUUUAAGCUAUCUCACCAUGAGGUUCCUCCAGUAGCUGACUCUGUUUCAGGUUUAUGAAUUGCAAAGAGCAAGAUGCAAUGAACUGCUUCAUGAGUUCCUGUUUUGUUGUUUUCACAACUUCUCUUUUUUUUCUGAGGGGGGGGGCAUUAACUAAACUGACAAAUGGCAAAUUGGUGUUUUUACCCAGGAGCCUCUUUGCCUGCUUCGCCGUCUGUUUCCUGUAUAUGCUAGUGUCUGUGAUGCUGUUGAUGCUGAACACUACUGACUAUAUGAUGCUGCUAAUUAGCUCCGACAAUUUGAGACUGAGCUUCAGUGUCCGUUUCAUUCAGGGUUACAAGAUCUGUUGUACCUUAACUUGCUGCUGUUACAGUGUCUUCUACUGUAGUUUUGUUGCGUCCUCCAGUAGAGUAUCGCUCCUGUUUGCUUUUUGGUUCCUUUGCUUGAUACCUCAGAGAGAUCGCAGUGGCCUUGUACCAGCAGGAAAAGUAGAAUACGUUCAUUUGGCUCUGCAUGAUGAAGAUGUAGAUCUGAUAAAAUGGUUUAAACUGCAAUGUCACUUUUUUACAAAUCCCUGGUAUAAUAAUAUUACUACAAUAUAUAAAGUCACAGAUUAUAAGACAGUGUAUACCAACUGUGGUACUUGUUGUACCUUGUGUAUGUAUGUGUGUCAGUAGUUUGUAAAUGUGUUAGAACUCCUCCAUAAUCUCAUGGAGUAGACGUGCACGUAGGGAAUCGUUUCCUGUAUACUGUAGGCUAACACACAAUCUGAUGCUUUAAGAGAAAAGCAUUGAACAUGUCUGAAACUACACUGAAAUAAUCGUCAGUCACGUGAUUAUGUUGACAGUCUGGUCUAAUGUUUCUACUGUGAAUGUAGUCAUGUCAGAUGUUCUCUAGGCCUGCACCUUUCCUGACAUGGUUAAAUCGCAACAAUAACUGGUCAUAAUUCAGCCUAGCUCCAGUUUGUUUUUGUAGCACCAUUACAUUUGAGUCACAGAGCUGAGCAUAUGAUUUUUGAAAUAUUAAAUAUGUCAUUUGUGGGGGUUUUCAUAGAAAAAUACAGUCUGCUGCACAAAAGAGUUGUGCAGGAAUGAGUCCUAAAACCUUGAAAUGAGUUAGCAUUUUAGCUCUCCUGGUUCCCUCAUCUCGAAGUCAGUCAUUUUUGAAUGGGUUUAUGGUGAGAUACUUGAAAUAAGGUCUGUGAUUAACACAAGCUUAAGAGACUUUCACAUGUUGUCACGUGUCAAUGACAUAAAAUACGUCUGUACGGUUUGGGGACCUCAGAAUUGCAUUUCUGCUUUUCGCAGAUGAUGUGGUUCUGUUGGCUUAAUCACACCAUGACCUCCAGCAUGCACUGGGGCGAGUGUGAAGCGGUCAGGAAGAGAGUCAGCACCUCCAAUUCUGAGGGCAUGAUUCUCUGCCAGAAACCGGCAGAUUGCCCCCCCUCAGGGUUGGGAGAGAGUUACUGCCUCAAGCGAGGGAGUUCAAGUAUCUCGGGGUCUUGUUCACGAGUAAGGGUAGAAUGGAACAGUUUGGUGCAGUGUCUGCAAUGAUGCGGAAACGUCGUGGUGAAGAGGGAGCUGAGCAGGAGGGCGGAGCUUUCAAUUUACUGGUCCAUCUACGUCCCAACACUCACUUAUGGUCAUGAGCUCUGGGUAGUGACCGAAAGAAUGAGAUUGCGGAUACAAGCAUCCGAAAUGAGUUUCCUCCGUGGGGUAGCUGGGCUCAGCCUUAGAGAUAGGGUGAGGAGCUCAGACAUCCGGAGGGAGCUCGAAGUAGCGCUGCUGCUCCUUCGCAUCGAAAGGAGUCAGUUGAGGUGGUUCGGGCAUCUGAUCAGGAUGCCUCCUGGGUGCCUCCUGCUGGAGGUGUUCCGGGCACGUCCCACUGGCAGGAGGCCCCGGGGCAGACCCAUGCCACGCUGGAGGGAUUACGUGUCUCAUCUGGCUUGGAAACACCUUGUCCCACAGGAGGAGCUAGAAAGUCUUGCUGGGGAGAGGGACGUCUGGGGUACUUUUCUUGGCCUGCUGCCCCUGCCACCCGGCCCUGGUUAAGCGGAUGAAGUAGACAUCUGUAAAUACCCCCACUCAUUAAUUUUGAAGCUUUUAUGUGUCUAAAAAGACAUUUGCUAACAAGUGGCUAAGUGAGACUAAAGAACAUCAUCACGCCGAAUGCAGCUUAACAGCCUCGUGGUGUUGGUGGUGACGAUGAAAUCACAUGACCAUAUUGAUUUCUUUUAUAACACAAUAUUUGCUUUGAACGUCUGACGACUGUUUUUUUGCUUAAAAAUGUGAAGAUUAUCUUGCAAAAAAAUCACAAAAAUCACUUCCUUAAAGUACCAUAAACGGUUGUUUGCCAAAGAUCUUAUUUUGUGCAAUAAUCCAAAAUCCAAUGGAAAAAUCCCGCUGGCUACUUGACAAGGGAACCAGGGCGAAGCCAACUUCUGACUGGGCCCAAAAAAAGGUCAUACCUGUAGCACUCUACAGUGAAGUCUAAGCAGUAUAUUUCCAAUUUAAAAAAACUAUGUAACUCAUUUUUCAAGUUGCACAAAUGUUUCGCAAUCCAAAGAUGGUAGCUGGAAAUGACAUAUUUUCCUGCUGAAUUUGUACAAAGCGAAAGUAAUUUUGAAACUUAUAUUUGUCCAUAUGUAUGUUAUAUUGUAUUGUUUUAUAUUUUCAUACAAAAUAACUGGUGUAUACGUAUGUUGCUUGUGUCGUACAGAACUAGUAGGAACUAAAAUAAUUUCCUGCUACCUGGAUAGGAAAUAUAGUCGCAACUUGGACAAUGGGUCAGAACAUCUUUUCUUUAUCAUGUACCAGAUUUAAGAGUCUGUCAAUACCUUUAAACACCUUUAGUGUUUAUAAUCAUCCUUCUUGGCUUUUUUAAGAUCGCCGGUUAUUUAUUUAAAAAGCAAACAAAUGCGUAGCUCCGUAGCUCAAAUGCAAAGGUAAUACCAACGAGAGGCACAAACUGAAUUCUGCCCUGUUGACCAUUUCACACCACUUGCCUUUCAAACUGCAUUGUGCCAUUGUCUCGAUGGCAGCAACACACACCACAGUGCAUUGCCUUAAAGCUUAAUGUAGCCGAUCCAUCACCAGUAGAAACUCCUCGAUUGUAAAAGAAAAAAAAAACAAGGAGGGUAGAAACUUUUCCUACAUUCCAUCACACCGAGCUGAAACAGUGAUAGUGAUUCACUUUGUACAUAAUGUAAAGACAUAGUAUUUUUCUGACUAUCAAUAUGUUUACAUAGCAUAAAAAAUGAAGGGUAAAAGAGAGAAAUAUGUGAGCGCACAGAUAUUUUGAAAUGCUCCAAGUAUCCAUAUCUUGUAUCAGAUGUUGAGAGCUCUGACCUACAGUGUAAUGUUGACAUGUGGUGGCUUCCUUCUUCCUCUUCUUGUAAUGCAAAUUAAGUUGAUGAACACAAAAGGCCCAGUGUGACAUGCCGCUGUGUGUGUGUGGCCUGCAUGUAGCCUAAACUUAGAGUCCAUUUCAAAUAAAGUAACAGAGGACUGUGACUACACGUCAAUUAGCCUAAUUACAUUAUUGAUCAAUCUGACCAGUAUUUUCUUAGUUAAUCAUUGGGUCACAGUGAAAAUUACCUGUUGCAAAGUCAUCCUGAGGCCCAACUAGACAAAUUCAAAAUGCUUUUUUUGGUCCAAACACAAAUAUAUUGACUUUUCAGUUAUGGUAAGAAUUUGAUGCUUUUCUCAACAUAUAACUAGGGAAUUUCUUUUUUUUAUUUUUGCAUAAAAAAUCACUCACAUGAUUAUUUGAUUUUCGGAAUUGUUGCUGAUCAUUUUACCACCGACUGCUAAAUCAAUCACCUAAUUUAGCUCUUUACUUUAAAAAAAAUAGUAAUGAGUGUCCAUCAGGAAAUGCUAUAACUCAUGAAAUUUCACUGCCAUUCAGCCUAAAAUUAAGACUUUAAUUUGAGCAUGAAAAUUCACCUUUAUUACAGUAGUUAAACAUGACUGAGAGUUCUGGAAAAAGCAGAGUAGUAAGUGGACUUUGAAUUACUGAAGUUGUAAAACACAUGCAAGAUCUUUAAAAGAAUCUCUUACUUUAAACUUGAGAUCACAAAGAUUGUUGAAAAUAAUUCCACUCUUUCAACCGUUUUUCAGCUUAUAAAGUAUAAACGAAAACUUCCAACCAAGGAAAAAUGUGUCUUUAACAUAAAAAAGUCGCCCUUAGAUGUUUAAUUGUGGAUUAAUCUUUUGUUUCAUCACGUGAAUUGGGUUGUUUUAAAAAAGACAACUUAUUCUGCAUCAGCUGUAUAGAUGCUAUUCCUCCACCCUGGACACAAUUAAAACAAUAAGUCUCACUCUCCUUCACUCUGUCUGUCCUUUGAGUCGUCCUUUGUGUAUCCCACAAUGCCCCCUGCUGCUACCUCUUUAACUGCACCAACCCCCUCCACCCCCACCAACCAACCCCACCCACCACCCAGGGCAUUACAAUGCUGCCCUUUACAUUUCAUCUGACUGACUGGCCUACAGCAGUAGAGCUGCUGAGGAAUUUGAAUACUUACUCACCCUUUUCGCCACAACUUCCUUGUUAAGGGGUGGUUACCACAGCAACAGUCCAAACAUCAAUUACCAUUGCUUGCUAAAGGCCUGUAAACCUUAAGAAGGUCACUGCUGUCCACAAAUUUUUGUCACAUUAUGUGGUAUUGUUUCAUGUCACUCUGCCUAAAACCUGCUCACAGUAUGUGACUUUAUGUUUAGAAUAAAUCUUAUUUUGGGAUUUUUAAAUUUGCAGAAUUGCUGAUUCUCUAGUAUGAAUAUGUAUUCCCUCCAGUUAUCUUUCAACAAAUAAUUAAAUGUGUCUUAUUCUGGCAUUAAUUUACCCCCGAGGAUGUCUCUCGUACACUGGAAUGACUAGUGUGUUUAUUUUUUUUUACUUUGUGAUGAGAAUCGUUGAAGUGUCUGCUGUAGUUUUCACACCUGAGGCGAAUAUAUGUAGCUGCUCUGCCGCUCAGCUUUGGUCUUCUACAAUCUGAACAAUGAAAAUAAAAGACUGAUCACUGCGAUCAUCUCCGAUCAGUAGACCACAGGGCUGCAAAUUGUGACAUUACUCUUCUGCAGUUUGUAUUUCUGAUGAUGACAUCUGAGAAAUAAAAUAAAAUCACGUUGCUGUGUAAACUGAAAA